UCUCCUACUGCAAUUAUAUAGUCGACUUCAUCAAUGAUUGCGAUCUUUUGUUGAUGUGAUAAUCUCUUACAUUCGUCAAGUACCUCUUGUGACCAAUUACAGUAGCGAGAAAUUUGUACUUUGAUAUUUUCCAUCAAGAAUUCUUAAGCUCGACACCUCAACAUCUACAGAUACAAUGUCGCUCUAUUAUGAGGCAGCUGAAGUUCUAGCUGCUCCUACUAAUCAAGGUGGUAGUUUAAGAUCUAGAAUUUUCAGCAAGAAAGAUUUAAAAUCACAACCAGUUCAAAUCUAUGCUCUGGCGAUAGAGACGUGUAAAUGGAGUCCUGUUUUGAAGGAUGUAAUCGAAAAUGCGGAUUUAUUGCGCUUAGAGCGAAAGCUAACUCCAACUUUGUCUCUUCUUCUCGUCCAUGACUUACUCUUGGCAAAAAGAGGAAUUGCUCUCCCAGCUACUCAUGGUUUACGAGCCUCAAUUGAGCGCCAUAAGGGGAGAUUGCAAGCCGAGUUGACCAAGGCAAGACUUCGGAGAAAAAUGAGCACCAUGGAAGCUCUAAAAGCCUAUGUCGAGACAGGUCAGGAGAAUGCAACUGAUACAUCUGAGGCACCUUACCCUCGUUGGAUACGUAUUAAUACUUUGAAGACUACUCUCGAGGAUCAACUCGAAUCUACUUUUGCUGGAUUUGAACGUGCAGCGACAAUCGAUGCUGUUAGACACCGGGGGUCUAAACGCUUGUAUAUCGAUGUUCAUAUUCCAAACCUUAUUGCUAUAUCUCCAAACAUUGAUCUCUCGAAGAGCGUAGCAUACAAAUCUGGAGAAAUUAUCUUCCAGGAUAAAGCAUCGUGUUUCCCAGCGUAUCUGCUUGAUCCUCUGGCUGAAGAUGGUGACAUUAUCGACUCUUGCUCAGCACCUGGUAACAAGACCACUCAUAUUGCGGCUAUUUUAGUUGAUCGACUUCCUGAACCGGAUGAAUCCACUCAAGUUAUUCACGCAUUUGAGAAGAACAAAGGGAGAGCUGAAACUCUAGAAAAGAUGGUCAACUUGGCGGGGUCGAAUACAUUUACUGCGCUUCAUCCUGGAUACGACUUCUUAAAGACUGACCCAAAUUCCGGCACAUACAAAAAUGUUGGUGCUUUGUUGCUGGAUCCCAGUUGCUCGGGAAGUGGGAUUGUUGGUCGAGAUGAUAUGCCCGAAUUACAUCUACCAGGUAUCAAGGAAAUCGUUGCCAAACCUUCUAGAAACAAGAAGAAGCCGAAGAAGGCACCGGAGCCAGUGGAACCAAGUAAGAAGGAGACAAAUAAGAAACGAAAGCGCGAGGAUGAUAGUGAUGCGUUAGAAGUGAUGGUUGAUGAUGAUGGAGUCGUUACUGCUGUCGAUAGUGAUGCCGAACUGAAAGCUAGAUUAACUGCUCUUGCAGAAUUUCAGCUGGAACUUCUUCUUCAUGCAUUCAAGUAUCCUGCUGCUCGAAAGAUCACCUACUCCACUUGUUCAAUUCAUGCUGAAGAAAAUGAAUCUGUCGUCCAAAGGGCUUUAGCUUCUGAUAUUGCAAAAGAAAAGGGCUGGAGAAUACUUCGUCGUGAUAAUCAAAUUCAGGGUAUGAGGGAAUGGCCAGUUCGAGGCUCUGUAGAAGCAUGCGAUGGUGAUGAAGAGGUUGCAGAAGGAUGCAUUCGAGCCAACAAAGGAGAUGAGCAUGCUACUAUGGGGUUCUUCUUGGCAGGAUUUGUGAGAGAUCAAACGCCAACUGUUGAUCCUGAAGCCGGACUCCUGAGAGAUGAACGUGGGCAUCUCGUACGCGAUUUAAUGGGAUUCCCUGUCAGAAAAGAGCAGGGAGAUGCAGAGGAGUUGAAUGUCGAUGCCAAAAUGGCACCUGAGGAAGCUCAAGAAUUCUCACCGGAAGACGAUGAUGAAUGGGGUGGCUUUGAGGAAGAGGUUGCACCGAUAGUCGAGGAGAAAAAGGAGGUGCAUGCAGUUAUUGAGAAGAAGAAGGAAAAGGCCAAGGUCAACAAACAUGCGCAUGAUGCGAUUAAGAAACGUGUCAAUAUGAGUGUAAAAGACAAGAAACGGCAGAAAACAAAACGAUAAUUUAAAACCUAUUAGCGAGGAUGAUGUAUAUUGAAAUCGAAUAACGUUGUGGAAUACCUAUCAUCACCAAUCUUAAUCAGAUGAUAUAAAUGAAGAUGGGGUUUUGCCGUUUUCACAUUGUUUUCAUUCGUAUGACAAGCGCUCGGGAUUCGAUCUUGAAUAUCAACUCUUCCUCCGGUACGGACACGGAAUAGGAACCAAGAGCCCGGUUUCUUCAAGAUGUUUGGCACAUUUUAGACAUAACUUGAGCAUAGUUAACGAUAAUUAUUACAUCCACUUAUUGCCAAGGCUCGUUCGGCUAUGUCGGCACCUUUUAGACUGGAAUCUUCUAUGACACACCAAACAUACACAUACAUCAGUGCACGG